AUGGACAACAGGUUCCGGAACUUGGACUUUCCCGCUGCUCAUCCUUCAAAUGCAUUCAAGAUCAUGCAAUUUGGAGGAGUCAUUGGAGCUACCGAUUCUAGGGCCGAUACAGUUUUACGGCUCGAUUCCCUUGGUUCCGCUGCACCAUCUGUGCCACCCGCGAAGGGGAUGAAGCGGAAAUGGAGUUUAGUCAAUGGAUCAAUGGAUCAACAAAUUUUUGGCUCUUCAUUGUCUCUUGGGUUGGGCCGCUCAUCAAGUUCAUCAGAUAGCAAAGGAAGUUCUCUCAUGGGCUGCACUACAAUGUCAUCCGCCAAAGAAACCGACGAAGAGUCUUCCAUGGAUCUCGAGCUGGAUUUCUCCCUCCAUCUUGGCAAUGAAAAGACACUCAAUCCAAAGAAGGCUCUCACUUCACGUGGUAAAGCUUUGGAAUCCUUGUCCAAAGUUGACCUUGAAUUGAGUUUGUCAACCGGACCUGCAGAAUCUGAGAUAACAAGUCUCCAUGUUGUUUCACAUCAUCACAAAAGUCCCCAUGCUGGUUCUACUUCGAUUGAGUUUCCCAAAGAAGUACCUCUUAUGGCUGGUGGGCCUUUCAGUUUUGGGCCCCAAUUGGUUCCAUUACAGAUUCCUUGCAACGAAGAUGGGGGAUUCCUUCUCAACAAAGUUCAUCAACCUAUCAUCCCCAUAAUUCCAGUUCCUUCAUCAAGUGUGGUAACACCAAAUGGCUCAGUCACUUCUACUUCUGGGAUUUCUCAGCGGUCUUUGCGUGGCUCGGGUUCUAAAACUUGUCAAAUUGAAGGAUGUGAGAAGGGGGCUAGAGGUGCUUCCGGCCGGUGCAUAUCCCAUGGUGGUGGUCGGAGGUGUCAGAAACAGGGAUGUCAUAAGGGAGCUGAGGGACGCACCGUGUACUGCAAGGCCCACGGUGGCGGUCGACGAUGUGAGUUCCUCGGAUGUACCAAAAGUGCAGAAGGCCGCACCGACUUUUGUAUCGCUCAUGGGGGCGGUCGGAGAUGUAGUCAUGAUGGUUGCAGUCGUGCUGCUAGAGGUAAAUCUGGGCUUUGCAUCCGUCAUGGUGGUGGGAAAAGAUGUCAGAAAGAGAAUUGCACAAAAUCUGCUGAAGGUCUUUCAGGUCUUUGCAUCUCUCAUGGAGGUGGUCGACGAUGUCAAGCACCUGAUUGUACUAAGGGAGCUCAAGGAAGCACAAUGUUCUGCAAAGCACAUGGAGGAGGGAAGAGAUGCACAGCUGUAGGGUGCACUAAGGGAGCCGAGGGCAGCACACCUUUUUGCAAAGGUCAUGGGGGAGGGAAAAGGUGUGCUUUUCAAGGUGGCGGGAUUUGUACAAAGAGUGUCCAUGGUGGGACCAACUUUUGUGUCGCGCAUGGAGGAGGGAAAAGGUGUGCAGUUCCUGAGUGCACAAAGAGUGCAAGAGGAAGGACAGAUUAUUGUGUUCGUCAUGGUGGUGGGAAGAGGUGCAAGUUCGAAGGGUGUGGAAAGAGUGCGCAAGGAAGCACUGAUUUCUGCAAGGCGCAUGGUGGAGGAAAGAGGUGCUCGUGGGGCCAUCCUGGUUCGGGUAAUGUGGGCGAUGGUGGUGCUUGCAACUCUUUCGCCAGGGGCAAAACUGGUCUUUGUGUUCUUCACAGUGGAUUGGUGCAGGACAAGAGAGUUCAUGGGGGUAUCACCUUGGGUACCAUGGUCCAAGAGGAUCCAAAAGCUCACAAGAGUGGUAAGAUGAAGGAAGUUGUAAUGACUCAUGAGGAUAUGGUUUUAGAUGUGGGAAAGAUGGGAGUUACUGCUAAUGUCUCUUCAGAAGAUGGAACCAGCUCAGAGUUUGAAGAAUCUGGAGGGGAAGCAGACCAUUCAACCACACCAUCAUCUGCAACAGAAGGCAGGGUCCAUGGCGGUAGUUUGAUGGCAAUGCUGCAAACCGGUUCUUCUGGUGCUAGCUCGAGCGGCAACCGCCAGCUUGAGCAGAGUAUGUCUUGCUCGGUACCUAUCAAGUGGAUGUGA